AUGCGCGUUAUUAAAUCAGUGCUUUCUACUCUGCGUUGCAGCAUCAGGCUGAGUUUUGGGGGAUCGGAUAAUCCACUGCGUGCUGUCGUUUUGAAAGGGAGGUGCAAUCCGGGAUUUCACUACAGACCAGCGCUUCAAAACAACAACAGCAGCCAUGCACAACACGGAUAUAUUCGUGCUUCUGAGCCUCGUUUCAGCGUGCUUGCGGGUGUCUUGUGCAGAGAGACACAGCGUAUUUUGGAACAGCACCAACCCACUGUUCCUGUGGGAUGACUAUUCUGUGUCUGUGCGGCUCAAUGAUUAUCUGGACAUCAUCUGCCCCCACUAUGAGGAGGGGGCUGUUCCCUCCCACACGGCCGAGCGCUACAUCCUGUACAUGGUGGAGCUCCAGGACUACCUGACCUGCAAACCCCAGUCCAAGGAGCAGCUGCGCUGGGAGUGCGACCGGCCGCACGCCCCCCACGGACCGGAGAGAUUCUCCGAGAAGUUCCAGAGGUUCACCCCCUUCACCCUGGGCAAGGAGUUCAAAGAGGGGGAUACCUACUACUAUAUCUCUAAACCGAUUCAUCAUCAUGGAGACCAGUGCUUGAGGCUCAAAGUCAAUGUGAUCGGACCCACUGCUGCCCAACAGCCCAGGAUUGGAGUCGUGCACACUACCAAAGCUAAACUACCAGCAGAUGACCCAGCAGUCAGUCUCCCAGAUGUUCUGAAGAGCGUUGCAAACCAUUGUAAUCUUCCCCUAGCCUCCAUCUCCUUCCUGCUGACGCUACUGCCCUCCCUAGCCCUGCUGCUGCUGCUCUAGGACUACAGCUCCCCAGGACUACAAGUACGGUGGCCAUCGAGGCCCACACCCUCGCGUAUAGAGACACUGCAACUGCCACUAACCUCCCAGUGCUGGACACUGUAAGAGAAGGAAAUGGACCUUUUGGAAGAUGAGGAUAUAGUGUGUGUGAAGACUUGUCACAAAAUCCACCCGCAUUUCUGUCCAUGCUUGGACUGUUCCCUGCCUCUGUGACUCACUUUUAGACUGCGUCCACAAUUGUUCAAGCAAACGCUUUUUAUAAAUCCUUUUUUUUUUUCUCUUUUGAGCUCGGAACCAAAGAUCGACGACAGAACACAGCUGUUUGGAGGAAGGAUGCCAUGCUUAUUAAUAAUAUGAUUUAUUACAGAUUUCAAUAUUACAAUCGAACAAAAAAAUUGAAGGAUUGAAGUCAAAGGUUUUGAAAUCCUGCAAAUGGAGAUGAAUCUCAGUAGAGGAGAGAGAGAGAGGAAUGCAAGAAAUUAAUAAAAUGUUAACUGAGAAACCGCAGAAUAUGUAAUCUAAGAGACAGUCCUGACCUUUCCUCCCUAUUUCUGCUCAACACUGACCCCUGUCUGCCGAGCGUGGACUUGCAGGCAAAGGUACGCAAAGCACCAGGAAGUCUUUUUCAAGCAGAGACUCUGAGACUGGAAUGAGAUUGAAAGGAGAUUGAAAGGAGAGAUGCAGGGGUGGGGUACUCUGAAUCAACAGGCUUUGUUGCGUUUCUCCUUUCUUUGUACAAACGUGUAAAAAAAUGUGUAAAUAGCAGAUCAUUUGAUAAUUUAAUCGGGGGGGGCGGGGGGGGGGGGCACGUAUGUAGCAGUCUUGACAUGGGUUCAAACAGAAUCCUGAUGUGGAUUAUUUACAAUGAAAUAAAAAACAAAAGGUACAGAUGUAUCAUCACAGGAUUUUAUUGCUUUUAUCUGAGAUCGCAGUAACUAGUUAGGCAGGGUUACAAACUCACACUAGCCCUCCUGCUGCUGCUGCUGCACCCAGUCCUGGGGUUCAGAGCUCCCCUCAAUGAAGUCUAUUAUUAUUAAUAUUGAUAUGAUCAGGAGCCAGGAGUUUGAGCAGGGUUACAAACUCACACUAGCCCUGCUGCUGCUGCUGCUGCUGCACCCAGUCCUGGGGUUCACUCUUUUGAACUUGCUGUACUAAACUCCUUCGAUAAGUUUAAGUGUUCUGUACACAGAGACGGGAGAAAUGAAAGUCACAGAUUGAGGAAGUAGAGGUAGGAGCCAGCUGUAAAACAAAAAAUAAAACAAACAGAUUUUGGUUAUAAAUGUAACUGUCGGUUUCCGUUUUUAAUUUGUUUGAAGGAUUUAAAUUAAGUUUUAAACUUGUAGUAGCAAUGUUUAAUAAUAAUAAUAAUAAUAAUAAUAAUUAAUGAUAUUGUUUGCAAUGCUAUUUGUCAAUUAUAAUUGGUUCCAGUUAUGCUGCAGUAAUUAUAAUCUUACUAAAGUAACAAACGACUACACAAACACGUUUACUGUGUUUGUUCUGAAGCCACAGUGUUCUCCCCGAGCUGUCUAAACAUGUGCCUGUUUCAGAGUUCUCGUUGCUCCCCUUCCCAGAUAAAGGGGCACAAAUCUGAAAAUACGACUGUGUAAAAGAUGUAAAGUAAUCUGUAUAUUUUGUACAUAAUUGUUUGUAAACUAAAGUGAGAAUUUUUAUACUUUGUCAUUCAAUAAAUGCAAAAUUUUAAUGAAA